AUGGCUCAAAGAAUAGGCGAUGGAUGGGAACGCUCCCAUUACCCAAUCACCUGCGAAUCUUGCCUCGGCGACAAUCCCUACUUGCGAAUGACUCUAGCGGAUCAUGACAAGGCAUGCAAGGUAUGUACACGACCUUUCACGGUGUUCAGGUGGCGACCUGGUCGGAAUGCUAGAUUCAAGAAAACCGAGAUCUGUCAGACUUGCUCCAAGCUCAAGAAUGUAUGCCAAGUCUGUCUUCUCGAUCUUGAGUUUGGUCUUCCUGUUCAGGUCAGAGACACAGCACUCAACAUUACUACUCAUGACUCCGUCCCAAAAAGCGAUGUUAACAGAGAGUACUUUGCUGAGGAGCAUGACCGAAUGACUAGAGCUGGACUGGAUUAUGAAUCUUUAUAUGGGAAGAUGCAACCCAAUGAUACAAUUCUAAAGCAUCAAAGAACAGAACCAUACUAUAUAAGGAACGAGCCAAAUGUUUGUAGUUUCUACACCAAUGGUCGGUGUACAAGAGGUUCCGAAUGUGCAUACCGGCAUGAGAUGCCCAAAACAGGAGACUUAGCCCACCAAAACAUAAAAGAUCGUUAUUAUGGUGAAAAUGAUCCAGUCGCGAUGAAGUUACUCGGGAAAGCUGGUGAGAUGGGCUCAUUAGAACCACCAGAGGAUGAAAGCAUCAAAACGCUUUACAUCGGUGGGCUCAACUCGAUAAUCGUCGAGCAGGACAUACGAGACCAAUUCUACGCUUACGGAGAAAUCGAAUCUAUCAGAAUUUUGGCCGAGAAAACAUGUGCGUUUGUCACAUACACAUCUCGACAAGGAGCAGAAGAGGCCAUGCAACAGCUCUCCAACAGACUAGUCAUCAACGGCCGGAGGCUAAUACUCAAAUGGGGAAGACCUCGGGUCCCCAUGAAAUCUUAA